CCACAGAUAUAAAUGUUGAUUCACGUGAUAUCGGGGCGAAGAAUCAAAGUGGUUUGCGAAACAAGUUAUUCUGCCUCCAGUGGGCCAGCGGAGCAGUCAUCUCAACGAUCUCGGAGCAAAGUAACGAUCCUGCUGCUUGAAAUGAGUGGCACUUUAUAUUGGAUCUCCAUAUGGAGCUUACUUUUGGCUGGUAUUGCUGCAGAUAUCUCAGACUGCGAUUUCUUUGACACCGUGGACCUAACGCACAGUUUCAAGUUUGCAAAUGGAUCGUAUAGAUACGAGGAUCUUGUCAUACCCGCCAGACUUACAGGAGAGUAUGACUACAGGAUCCUUGACGGCGGAACCAGGGAGGAGGUCUCCAGGCACGUCAGGGGAUGUAUUUGCAAGCUAAGGCCGUGUAUUCGCCUCUGUUGCCAUCAUAAGAAGCUGAUGAGCAUUACCGAGUGUUCCGAGGAUGUAGAUGAAGGCCUCACCUACAAUUAUGCCCUAAAUAUAACGCUACCAAAUGGAAAUGUGACUGAGAAACACAUCAUGAAGGACAUGAUCGUUCAGCAGGAUCUACCGAUGCCAUGCCAAAUCCAUUAUCAUCUGGAUGCAGAGCAGUACGCGGAAGACAAGUGGACAUUAUUUGAAAAUGGCACCCUACUGCGACAUUAUGAUAAUGCGUUUUUAUACAAGCAGGAUUACUGCUUACAGCCCACAAAGUCAAAGUCUGGUGAAGAUUACUCUAUUGUGCCCUAUAACUGUGUCAUCCAGCCUUCGAUGACAAUGGCCUAUGUCAAACUAGCGUCCGUAGUGUUCAUGGCCAUGACAAUUGGUAUCUAUUCGUGGCUUCCCUUGUUUCAUACCGUCCAUGGCCAAUGUUGCAUUCUCUACUUCGUAAGCCUAAUGGCUACGUUUCUACUCAAUGUAGCCAGUACGUUUGGGGUAUUCGUAAACGAUCUAAUGUGCCUAGUCAACGGAUACGCGGGAUACUACGCAGCGAUGGCCACUUUUCUAUGGCUUUCCGUGAUCAGUUUUGAUGUCUGGAGAAGAUUUGGCUUGCAUCAGAAUCGAGAAUUCUGCAGAAGCAUGGGAAAUAGAUUUCUUCAUUACAAUCUCAUCGUUUGGAGCACUGCAGGCAUCUUGACUUUGGGUGUUCUUGUAGUAGAUCUACUCUUUCCCUAUUCCGGCGACUCAGAUUCAAAUUUUGUGCCAGCUGUGGGCGUAACUUCCUGCUGGAUCAUGACCGAUGGCUGGUCGGGUAUGUUUUACUUUUAUGGCCCGAUCUUCCUUCUUAUUUUAAUGAACGGGGUUAUGUUCUAUUUAACAAUCCGCAACAUUCGAGCGGAGAAAAAACUGAGGACAAAAGUCAUUAGAAAUUGCGACGAGAAAGAAACGUCGAGACUCCGUGCUAAUUUCGGCCUAUAUGUGUACCUUUUCGUAAUUAUGGGUGGCUGCUGGAUUCUGGAGAUAAUGGCGUUUAUAUGCGAAACCAAAAAGUUUUUGAUGCCAUUUACCAAAGCGAAUGACCUGAUAAACUGCAGUCAAGGCAUCAUAAUAUUUCUUUUAACAAUUUGCAACAAGGAGGUACUGAAAACCAUAAGGGACCGAAUACAACCGAAACGCACUAGUGGCAUUGAAUUUGAAACUUGCACAAUGACGCAGGACUGUCACCUGAUGCAUCAAUUAAGCUAGUUCCAAAACAUUCUUAUAUAUUUUUGAAACUUGUUUGCUUAUCGGUCCGUAGUGUAGUAGU